GAGUCGGGAUUUUACCAAAUGCGCCAGCAAAGCUUAGCUAAUAAAGCUUGAUUACAUGCCCUAAAAUCCCUAAAACCUAGUCAUCGAUGGAAUUUACUUUGAGACAGACCUUUCAAGAGACCCAGUGGAUUGGAUGGUCAAAAUUAUGAGAGGAUCCCCACCAAAACCUUGCCAUAUGCCCAUUUAAACGUCGACAAAGUGUCAACCGGGAACUUAAAGCAAGACAUACCGUGGACCGGUAUAUUAGUAGACGAAGUCUUGAUUAGAGUAUCUUUGCCAGCCUUCGAGAAGGUAUACGGUUUUCAACGUUGCAACUUUUUGCACAACUUUUCCUCAAUAGAGAGAAAGUUAUCCUUUUUAGUUAUUGGGAUUAUGGACGUGAGACCUAGAUAAGAAUCUUGCUCGCCUAUAGACCCAACUCCUAGCUGAUCUCCCACGAUAUUUGCAUCCUCACUCUUAGUAUUUCUACUAAAUAAAACAGCAGAUUUGGAAAGGUUGACUCGCUGGCCACUUAGUCCUUCAUAUACUUGAAGAAGAGAUAAGAGGGUCGUACAAGACGCUUGUGAAGCUUCUAGAAAAAGGUAUGAAUCUUCAACAAAAAAAAAGAUGGGAGAUCAUAGGACAGUUUUGGCGAAUCCGGACACCUUCCAAGAAACCCCUAGUUACUGCCUGAUUUAUCAUUGCUGGAAAUUCUUCCGUACAAAUUGCAAAGAGCAGAGAUGAGAGGGGAUCCCCUUGGCGUAGUCCUCGAGCUGGUUUGAAGUAUUCUGAAGGAGAGCCAUUAACAAGUAUGGAAUAGGAAACAGUAGUGACACACUCUGUGAUCCAUGCCAUAAAUUUGUUAUUGAACCCUAAUUCCUUCAUCAUUUCAAACAAAAAUGGCCACUCAAUAUGAUCAUAGGCUUUCUCCAUGCCAGCUUUAGGGCCAUCCAUGAUUUCCUUCCUGAGUACAUAGUUUUAAGAUGAUGAGUAAUCUCAGGACUGAUCAUGAUGUUAUCCGUUAUCUGACGAUUUUUAAUAAACCCAUUAUGAGCUUGAGAUAUGACUGAAGGGAGUACUUUACUAAGCCUGUUGGCCAGUAUUUUUGAGAUAAUUUUAUAAACUACCUGGCAAAGGCUAAUAGGUCGAAUAUGUUUCAUGGUACGGACCUCUGAUACUUUCGGUACUAGGGAAAUCCAAGUCCGGUUAAAACUCCGCAACAUAUGUCCAAAGUGAAAAAGGCUAGAACUACCUGGAUAACAUCAUGUCCAACCACAAACCAGUAGUGUUGAUAGAAACCUACGGUAAAUCCAUUUGGACCUGGAACUUGGGUUUUACCUAAACUAAACACAACUGAUUUAAUUUCCUCCGGGGUGAUUGGUGCUAUUAAACCCAGAUUUUUCUCUUCCGUAAGAGUAUUAGUAAAUGGUAGAUUAGAAAGGCUAAUACCCCCAGGUUUUGACUAUGGAAGAGUUCUUGGUAAAUUUUUUUGGCAAUGCCACAUUUCUCUACUUCUGAAGUACACCGGUUACCUCUUUCGUCCUCAAGUCCCCAGAUGAUGUUAUUAGGCAGAGGUGACCAAAUGAAAGUAAGGUGUGUUUUUAUCUCCUUCUUUUAAUCAAGUAGUACGAGACUUCUGCCUUCAAUAAAUCUCUUCUCUUUUUUAUUGGAUGGACAAAUUCUCCUCAAGGGAUUGGAUUAAAAUUCCAAUCACCUGUUUGGUUGUUUCUGACUUUUUCAAGGGCUAAGUUAAGAUCAUUAAUCAAUAUUGCUGAAUUGGAUUGACCUCCCUUGCACCAAUCUACUAAUGAGUGUCUUACUCUCAGUACUCUAGAGAAGAGGAAAAAUUGUACAGAUCCUAUAACUUGUAGUCCCCAAACAUAAUUUAUAAUUAGCCCUGCUUUUGGCAUCUUUGUCCAUCGGAUAUCAAAUCUGAAUAACCUUUUAGCACGAGGAGCCAUGACACAUGUAGUGAGUCGUAAAAGACGAUGAUCUGAACCUUUAUCUGAAAGAUGGUAUAGACACGUGUUGGGCCAAAAAUUCAUCCAAGCAGGUGAGAGUGACAAAGGCUCUAUCAAUUCGUUGCUCGAUUGUAACACCGUUCCUGCCCCGAUUCGUCCAAGUAUAUUUAGGGCCUUGAUAUGGAGGCUCAAAGAUGCCAGUUUGGUGUAGAAAUCCCACAACGGUCGGGCUUUGUCCAUACGCUAAGUUGCACCCCCUAUUUUCUCCGAUGGAAAUAACGAGAAAUUGACAUCACUUAUAAUUAGGUAUGCGUCGGAUAAGCCGGUAGAAAAUCUGUAUACUUCCUCUAAUUGUUCUUGUCUCUUUGCGAUGACGUAAAUGAGGUAGACCCCGAUUAGAACGAAAUGACGACCCUCACCAUAGAAAGAGGAGUUAUUAUUGAUGAUAGAGAUGGUGAUAAAAAAAGAGGUGGACCCAAUAACAGACACGGAGGCCGCACGUGGCCAAGCAAAGACUAAUCCCCACGACAUGCCGGAAGGAUUUACAAUAUGACAAUAAAAAAAACCUAACGAGAAAAUAAAUGAAGAAACCGUGCUUCUAGAUGACAUGGGUUUUCAUCACAAAAUAAUUUACCUAGCCCAAAGGAUUGGGUUGGUUCCUGCAUUUGCAAUGGAAUCAGCUCUUCUAUGACUGAGUUUCUCUCAGUACUUCCCUGCCUAUUUCUCAUUUCGGCCUGACCUUCUCCAACCGGCCCACUAGCCACUAAACAUCCGACCCAUGAAGACUUGUAAAUGGUCUUCUACUCGGCCAAGGUAAUAGCCCAAUAGCAGCUCUCUUCAGCCCAGCCUGAUCGCUUCCUUCAAAGGGUGUGGGCUUGAAAUUUCCUUUUAAAAAUUUCUAAUAUGAUUCUCAUUUUAAUUUAAAAUGUAAAAUAGAUCUCCUGGUUGGCUGGUUACCCUCUAACACUUGUCCACCACCUAAAACCGUAUGAUAAUCUAAAGGUCUAAACUAAUACAAGAAACUUGUUGAAUUUUUAGAUCAAAGUACAUCAAAGAAAGAAAUGACUUGCAUUCAGAAAAGAAAAAAAUUUCCAGCGAAGUAGGCAGAGUACAAUCAUAACCAACAAAGGAGCUGCUUACGAAUGUGUGUAUAUUGAGAAGGGAAUACAAUAUUUGUUCGAAAUUAAUCUCCGCUGUAUACAGCAUUGUCAUUUGAUUUCUGCUCUAUUACCUCCAUUUGCCUGUUUUAAACGACUUAAUCAGCAAGCACUUAUAAAUAAAUGAAAUACAGAACAGCAAAAAAAGAAAAAAGAAAAAAAAAAGCAGCUGGCCCAACAGUCCCCCUUUUUCAACACUCUCUCCCUUUCCUCCCUCUCUCUUUCUCUUUCACUGUGUUGACCAAACCCUUAACUUGCCUCCUCCUUCUCCCCUCUCUCUCUCUCUCUCUGUCCCUUUGAUGUAUACGGUGAUGGAUGAUCACGAAGCAGAGGAAACCGGCCGAGGAUUCGAAGACAACCGUCGUCAGAUUACGAUGAUGAUGGAAGCAGCAGAAGAAGAAGGAGAGGGUUCGGAGGAGGAGGAAUCGGCACAGGCGGCGGCGAUGGUGAUGAUUAGGUCGUACGAGUGCACCUUCUGCAAGCGAGGCUUCUCCAACGCGCAGGCUCUGGGCGGGCACAUGAACAUCCACCGAAAGGACAAAGCCAGGCUCAAGCACUCUUCCUCCUCCUCUCUUUCCUACAACUACAACGAAGCCGCCGCCAGUUCCAACUGGUCUUAUCAUUUGACUAGUUAUCCCCUCAGUUUUGGGACCCCGGCUCAUCAUCAUAAUCCUCCUGAUAUGAUGAGGCAGCAGCAGCAGCAGCAGCAGCAGCAGCAAAUACUACUUCCCAGUCUGUUCGCUGAUCCGUACGCGCUUCCAGUUGCUGCUGAUCAUCAUCAUCAAUACCAGUAUUCGAGUAAUUACGCGACGAGUCGUCGUCGGACAAGCAGUAGUUCGGCGUCUACGUCGAAUCCGGAGCUAGACCUGGAGCUCCGACUGGGUCUGGAGCCUCACCAUGACCCGGAGCCCUCGCCGGCGCCAAUUCGGGGUACUAGGAAGUUCUUUUGAAUUUUGAAAACACACAAUCUCCCUGAAUUUUGGUAGGGACUCCUCUCUUUCUCUCUCUUUCUGUGUCUGGUUCAUGGAAUCCAUGGGGGUUCAUAACUCAUGUUGUCAGCUCUCAGCACCAUCAUUUAUUGCUGUAUUUUCUGCCUCUGUUUUGCUCAUAUACUCUCCGAUUAAUUGCUGUUAUCUCUACUUUAUCAGCUAUCAUAUUGUCUUAUUAUGAUAAUAUCCCUAGCUAGCUAGCUAGCGCUGCUGAAGCUAGGUUCCCUAAUCAUGUGAAUUCGGAGUUGUCCAUGAAAUCAAAAUACGGCGUCGGACAGCCCAUCGCAGACAGUCAGAUUAAAAACCCUUAAUUAGUUAAGGCAAUCGAUCCAUGUACCACUAUAGCGAAAAGGGAUAUGUUAUGUUAGCUAGCUUACAUAUAUUACAUGUAUUGUAUCUACUUCUCUCUCUGGCUGUUCAAACGAAACGAAAUCAUGCCCUAGCUAGUUAUUCAUGUAAUAAAUUCAUUAGCAUAAUUAAUAUUAGCCACUUUAUUAAGUACCAGUGCGUAAUAUUGCUUAUGAUAUGAUCAUCUUAAUGGUCACUAGUGUUUGUACUUAAUUCGCGUCGGAGCUUUAAUGCCCUAUUACUGAAUAGUCCUACGAGAUAUCAUAUCAAGAAGCACUACUGCAUAUAUAAGCUAGCUAGCUAGGUUUGUUAAAAGUAGAGUGCUUAAUUGAUAUGAUGAUAUCAUGGGAUGGGAUCGAUGGACACCAUGCAUGCAUAUAUAUAUAUAUAUAUCAUAAUUAAAAGCGCACUUGUGUUAAGAAAAGGAAACCACAAGUACAACUUGUUGUGGUGAAGAAGUAGAACUCAAGAUUGGUGGUUCCACAUUUAAUUUAUGAACGAGGAGGAGUCAUGAAUGGAAUGCUAGCUCUCCUCUCCAGGGUCGUCCAAAAUGAAUUAUGCACUACAUGCAUCUAAUAUAUGUGGCAUAUAUACUUUGGGUGUGGGUUGGUGCAAUUUUGAAGUAGUAGUAUUAUUUUAUUUAGGUAAGUAAAUUUAUCUUAAUCAAGGUUUGGAAUUUUAGAAACAUAUCUAGAGUCCCGGGUUUAGCCAUUGAGUUUUAUUGAUGAUCAAUAAUACAUAUCCUAAAUUUCAAUUAAUCCAUUAAUCUAGAUAUAGCGCCAUGCAUCUUACUACAAGAAUUUCGUCAUAUAUAUAUAUAUAUAUAUAUUCCAAAUUGCAGUGGAAGCUUUGGGUGGCAGUAAUGGGGGAGACAGGCAGAUGGAGAGGAAGUUAAUAGACGCAGCGAUUCCUUGUGGCCGGCCGGUAUGAUAUAUAUAUAUAGAAAUUACUACAAGUCAAGAAGUAGGGUUAGUGCAUGCAGAUGCGGCCGCAUUAAUGGAGAAUGUGUGUGAAUGUCGGGAUGGCGCACGGGGCCUUUGCUUUGGAUGGCUCCGUCUUAAUGUUACCACCAAAGAAAGAACGUACGUGCGUCGUUAAUUAAUUAGAGUUCCAAACAUUGAUGAAGCUGCCGCAGGAUGUGUGACUCGUUUCCUUCCUUCCUUGCCUUCCCAAUUUAUUUACAUCUUCUUCCUCUACUGCGCUACACUGAUCUCUACGUCCUUUCAAUCUCGCUCAUUAGUAUUUGUUCAACGUUAAAUUUGAGAUAAAAACUGUGAGGUAUGGGUCCUUCAAACUAGCAUGAAUUGAUAGUAUAUAUUAUUUUACAGGAAAAUCAAAAUAUCAACUAAUACUACAUAGUAUAGAAAAAUACGUCCUAUACUCCUCCUGUUAUUAAAUUACUGAAAAGUAUUUAAUAUUAAUUUUUAACUAUAUACCUUCUAAAAAAAUGUUGGGAACUUGGAUACUAACAAUUUAAUUUAACGUGUUAUAUUUCUUUUAUUUUUUUUAUCCAAGAUAAGUCCCUGGCCAUGAUCGGACAACAAAAUAUAAAACUAACAAUAAUUACCAACAACGAUAGUCUUUAAUCACCGGGAUGAUUUGCAUAAAAUAGUUUGUUUGCUACUAGGUGGACAACUCCAUAAAACCUUUUUAAGAGUAUAAAGACACGAAACUAACUCAGAUGAGAGAAAAAUGAGAGCACUAUUAUCUCUUCAUGAGAGUGAUAAAUCAUAGCGAUUACGUCCAAAUACUAAGGCAACGAAAAAGAACUCUCCAGAAUAAAACAAACAAAAUGACCCGUAUAUGGAAAUACAAAAAUCUAUUGUCCAAAACAACAACAAAAUCUGUUGAAUAUACAAAAAAAAAAAGUUCAGGAUCAGUUGAAAUUGCCAAAUUUGGAAUGUGAAAAUUACAUGUAAAAUUAGAACAAAUUUAAGAAUUAGAGUAAUCGCUCGUUCGAAUUUCUGGCUUCCCCACAACCUAGCUUAAGCUAACCGCAUUUUCUUCAACAUAUCCACAAACUUAAUUGUUCUGAAAGUGUGCCACCAGUUUGUGGCGGUAGAGAUGGAACUGGGCAAAUGAGAUCUUUGCCUGAACAAUAGAGACUCUACUCGUGC